AUGAACCGAUUUCGCAAGACUAAGAAGGAGAAGGUGAAGGAAGAUGGCGAGGGGCCCGAAAGCAGCACAGUCAGCCUCAGCUCCAUGUUAUCGAAGAAGACGAAGAAGGAGGAACCCGAGGAGAAACAGGACUUCGACCUUUCCAGCGCAUUGCCCUCGACCGACGACUUUCGCACGAGUCUCCUGAUGCCCAAGUUAUCCGCACGCUUCAGCAUGCUACGAGAGCAAGAUGACCCGGAAUCGAUAAUCGGGAAAGCGAGUGAUGACAGUGUUCUCUUCCCGCGGCGUGCCUCGCGCCUGAACCUCUUUGGUCACAACCCAGGCCUGCUGGGGGAUAUCGACGAGGUCUCUAUCGACAGUCGUCGGCCAUCCAUCGCUCUCGGGCGCACACACUCCCUUGCCUCAGAGAACAAUGGCUAUGGUACGGACGACGAUCCCUCCCAACAAGGGAGCAUCAUGAGCAGGGCUCGUCGAGCCGAAGGCAACAACUUGUUCGGCGGACGGCAAAAGGUGUAUAAGAUUCCCUCCAAGGCGACAUCCUCAACCGGAGAUUCGGAGUCUGGACGCAUGGGUGGCCGUGCGCUCUAUGAGCACGAUCUGACCAUGUCUGCCUUUCAACGACUGAAGUUAAAGGAGCGCGAGGAGGCAGCGAUGGAUGAGACACAGCAAGAAAGCCCCUCCCAGGAGUCAGAAGACGCACUGUCUAAUUUUGGUUCCACGAAACGGACGACCUUUUCCUCGACUGCGUCUGGGCCUACGUCGAAUGCCCGCACAUCAACUGCGGCGACAUCUUUCGAUGAACAGUCAUUCAUUGCGCCCCCGUCGCAACCGGAGACACAGGUUUCCUCGUCCAAACCUCCGUUGCCCGGCAUGGCUCCCGAGCGUGGCUCCGUCAAAGCCCGCCGGCUUUACGGGCAAGGAUUAGCGCAAUCGGCCCAGAACCAGCAGACAUCGACCUUGCAACGACUCGAAAGUCUUAGCCGCCAGCGCGCAGGGGCCCCAGAGUUGCCUCCCCUGAACCGUGCCUUUUCCAGAAGCGCCACGAACUUACGCGACAGAUUGCAGCCACUCACCGUUGCCGAACCCGCCGCCACUUCCCGGCCAACCAGCCCUCCAUCGUUGCCCAGGUCGCCAGAGCACUCCACCAGGUUCAAUCCCAGGGAACCGCAAACUCAAGCAAGUUCUGCCUACGGAGCCCCUCCGUUGAGUCCCCCCGCUAGCGAGUACGAAGAUAAAGCCCCCUUGAUGGCCGCUCUACAUCCGGAAGAUCAUGGGAAAGCCACAGCAUCCGGCAUGUUCAACAAACCCAGCAGCAUGUUUGACGAAAGCCAGUUCACGCGGCGUCAAGUACAGAUGCACCAGGGAAGGGAGACGCCGCCUUUGGCGCGACUUCCACCGCUUCCCGUUCAAGCUAUUCCCCAGGAACACGCUGGUCGUGCAAGGGGGCUAUCCAACACGAGCUAUGUGUCCAGACCCGGCUCUGCAUCUUCUCAUUAUAGCGAGGCUCAACGCCCAGGGAGCCGGUCAAUUGUCCACGCCUCCCCGGCCAGGAAUGCCGAUGAGACAUUUUUCUCCAACCCCAGUCCUAGUGACUCCGAGGAUGAAAGCGGUGCCUCGCGCUACACCCCGGACGACAUUCAUCCGGCCCUUCGGCCCGAAACCCCGUCUAAACCCUCUACUCCCACGAGCGAACACCGGAGUCCUCUGCCUGAAGUUCGAUACUCAGACCUUGGGGAUCUGAAGCCUAUCGCGGAACACGAUAUUGUCGAGAACCGUCCCGAACACGAGGAUAUCCCCGAAAAGCCCGAUUCACCCACCUUGGGACCAGCCGGUCUGGGCCUCAGCGGCCUCGUCCGUACUCACCUACGAUGCAACAGCGAUAGGUCGUCCAUCUACCCGCCUCCUUCUCCUGGUCUCCCCCCGAAGCCUAUUGAGGCCGAGACGCCGGAAGAACCCGUCCUACAGCACCAGGCGGGCGCGCCAAACAGCUCGCACUGGCAAAGCGAGCUUGUGUCAAGACAUCGGCGCGAAGGGAGCACGGAGACACAGCGGGAACGCGAAGAGUUCGCCAACGAGCUGGCAGAGAGACGGAGGAAGGUGCAGGAAAAGCUUCGGGGAUUUGCAGAGGGCGAGAGCCGGUCGGCCAGUCCAGUCUCAGGCCGUCAGACGCCGGAUUUCACCCCCAGCAAGCCCGGCAAUGCCUUUUCCUUCCUGAAGAACAAGUCGAGCAAGCAGCAUCUGUUCCACCGGCAGGAUCAGAAGAAUGGGAGGGGCCUGAACCUGGCCAAUGCAUCGACCCCUGCUUUGGUAUCGGACGACUCGUGGCGUGAAGAGGAGGAGCGGCCAUCGUUCAGUUUCGCCAAGCACGCCAACUCUAGCUCGCCCCAUGUCGCUGCGGAGAGAUCCUUCCGGUCUAAGGUGUUCGGACGCAGUAGCCAGGACGAUUCGCGCGAGUCCAGCCGUAGCCGUGGUGCCUCUCCACACUCCAGCUUCCGGUCUCGCCGCGAUCGCUCGACCUCGGAUGCAUCUGGUCGGUCUAAGAGUCGCACGCGGCGAGACCGCGAGGGAUUGGAGACCCUCGAAGAGGUCGCUCACGGUGCCCACAAGCCCUUUGCGUUUCCCGAUUACGAUCACCACGGAUUGGCCUCUGUGCCCUCUUCCACUCGUGUCUCCGCCGAAGUCAUGGAGCCCGUCAUGUACGAUCGGUCCUCCUCUGCCGCGUCUGGACGGUAUCGCAGUGACAGUCGAUCGGCCGUGUCGAGCUACCACGAGCGCCCCUUCUAUCCCCCAGGCCCAGCGGCCAGCACGACCUCUCUAAUCGGGGCUGCCCCGCGGCCUUCGCCCAUCGCUCCCUAUUCCGCCAAUGCCACGCCCCCCUUGGAGGACGUGUCUCAGGGCGCCUCGUUGACCCCCGUGCUCACCAACAGCAGCACCCACACUGCGCCUCCCCAGCGUGCUCUGGGAAAUAACGGUCUUCAGAAGCGGAUGGUCAGUAAGGCGCUAAUUUCGGAACCCCGGUUUGUCUCGUGCACCUCGAAUGUCCCAACCGUCGGCCUUCCUCCCGGCGCCAGCUUGAGCAACGGCAUGCAAACGCCGCCGAUUCCACCCAUGAACCCCCGCCGUCGCCGUCAGACCACUACGCAGACCAUUCUCGGUGCCCUGAAGGGCGAAAAGCACGAGUCGCAGUAUGCCCCGUCUCUGGAUGCCGCCAUGAUGGAAGAAAUCAGCAAUUUCUCCGACGACGGCGAGAAGCGGCCUCGAUCCCGAGCCCGGCUUCGCAAGACGUCCAGCGAGGGAGGCAAUCUGAACGCAAAGGCGCGACAGCAGCUUCAGCAGCUCAUGUCUGAGGCACCCCCUGCCGUUCCUUCCUAUCCCCCGCCGAAGAUCCCCAUGGAUGGCGGGAUGUUCUAA